GGAAUAGAAUCGGUCUGGGGCGCCGAGUCCAUAUCCCCAGCCAGCAGAAAGGCUCGUUGGCCUUCCGCCUCUUCUACGAUGUCCACUUUCGCAUGUUCUUCUACCGUCAUGUUUGUCUGUUCGCUAGCAGACGUCGUGCUCGUGUCGAUUUUAAUUUCCUUGUUGCAGCACUGGAUAGCUGAGAGUCGGGGGCCAGAGUUGAGGAUAUCGCACGUGCCCAGCCUUCGAACACUCCCGUCUGCACCUGUACUGGCUUUUUGCAGACCAAGGGAUGAAUCGCGCAGCACCUGCACCACGUUUCCGUGCCGCCUCCUGCCAGUCAGGAUUUGGCUUGGAAAGAAUGACAAGGCGGUCGUAGGGGCUUUGGUCUUUGGCUUUUUGCUAUUUACACGCUGUGCACCAAACUUGUUGAAAGAAGUGAUAAGCUCGUCCUUGAAGCGGUCGUCUUCUUCAUCGCUAGAGUCAGGUUCAUGUUUACACCCAACACCAGCAAACACGAUCCCGCUCUCCUCUUCGUCGCUGGAAUUCUCCCGAGAGCUGAGAGUACGAGGAGAACUUGUGAGUGGGGAACCAGAAGCAAAGCUUGCGGCACUAAAGUGGUGAUGAGGGAGUGCUGAGAGUUUGAAUUUGUCACUGGCCCUGUCGUCUCGGCUGAUGGGGGUUUGAGGACAGUGAGUGACAGUUUGGAUAUUGUCGUGCAAGAUACAGUAAACGUCGACCUCGGAUCAUGAGAGCAUUUGAAGGACACUCGGGGGCAUAUCAACUGUGUUGAUAUUUCUGUGGACCUGUGAUCCCUGCGAACAUGUCCAUGGUUGUGAGGGUAUAUUCCAUAUGGUCGUGUAUGUCUGCCUGCCACAGGUAUAUGUUACCCCUUAACUUUCUCUCUCCUUUGCUCUUGGACCUCUUUCUCAGCAGGCGAGAGCAAUGCAACAUAUCGGUCCUCGUCGUACCGCUGUAGCCCAUAAAUGACCGUCUUGAGCAGCCCAAGGGUCCGCU